AUGACAUUUGGUGUUUUAUCAGCGUUUUGUUCAUGUGUCUUUGUAAUAAAAUGUUGCGUAUGGUUUCUAGUAAAUGUAAUCGGUGGUAUUGCAUCUGAUUUAAAAUCAAAAAUACUCAAUGUUAUCUCCAGAAAAAGUAAUGGGCUUAGAAAAAAUUGUAAAACCUCUUCUAAGAAUGGUUCCUCGGCGUUAAGUAGUGUUGUCAAUGGGAUUGUCCUACAAUAUGUCGUUGUGUUUUAUUCUUCCGUUACGUUGGAUUUUGUAUAUAUAUGUACGCUUUGUGGUUUUUAUUCUUUAACUUUUUCUCCCUAUUUUAUUGCUCUAUAUAGUUUGUUUGACAUCCCUAUUCAUUCUGAUUCUUUUAUUCCAUCCGAAUUUCAAAUGGCAAGAUCUUUAUCUGAUAAACCUCAUGUACUUGUCCGUUCUGAGCUCACCUUAAAGAAACUUCAAAAGAAAAACUCUUGUCACGUUCCAGAUAUUCCUUCUCCUUUAGGUCCAAAUCGACAAAAGGAAUGGAUCAAAUCUAUAGAUUAUUUUCCUUCAGAACGUCAUUCUAAGCGCAUUAAAUCAAAACCUAAACUUUCUAUGAGCGAUAAGAUGAUUGAAUCAACUGCCGCUUACCGUGUAGGAAAAAAAUGUCGUGGUUGGCAAAAUGGCGAUGCUGAAGAAUACGCAAUAAAAAGAUUACAAGGAAAAAAUGAUGAAACUAUAGAGCUUGUUUCUUUUAAUGAUGAUAGAAUAGAGUAUAUUCAGGUUAAAGAUAUAAACGUACGAUUAGACCAAGAACGUCCGAAUUUAAUUCGUAAAGAAAGAGGUUUCUUUUGUAAUAAUCGGAACAAUUCUCCUGCUGCUGUUUUGAAAUGUGCUAGGCAGUAUCUGACUAUUCUCUUAACGUUUAAGAAAAGGAUGAAUCUAUAG